AUGUCGGACCCUACCUUCCCUGCCUAUCCUAUCCUAACUGGCGUCGGUCUCCUCCUGGUGUUAGUGCCAUUUCCCUGGCAUUUUCGAGCGUCGAAUGCGGGGACUUGUCUCUACAUGCUAUGGUCUGCUGUGGCGAGCCUCACCGGGGUUGUGAACUCCAUCCUAUGGCACGGCAAUACCGAUGACAAGGCUCCUGCGUGGUGCGAGAUAUCCGUACAUUUGAGCUUGUCCAUGAUGACUGCCAUUCCUGCUUCGGCUCUAUGCAUCACACGCCGGCUAUAUAUUAUAACAAAUCUAUCGACGGUCGAAUUCACGAGACGCCAGCGAAGGCGUGCAGUUGCAAUAGACCUCCUGAUAGGUUUGGCAUUGCCGGUCCUACAAAUCCCUCUCCAGUAUGUUGUACAAAGUCGCCGGUACGACAUAUACGAGGACAUCGGUUGCCAACCAGCCAUCGUCAAUACAAUACUGACAUACCCUUUGGUCAUACUUUGGCCUGCCGUAUUGAGCAUUAUAUCUGCGUGCUACUGUGCUUUCACUCUGUACAUGUUCAUUUCCCGCCGCUCCGAGUUCAACAAAUGUAUCAACAAGCAUCUACUGUCUCCGACCUCAAGUCUCGGCCAAUAUCUGCGCCUCACGGCGCUUGCAAGCACACAGUUCUUCAUCAGUCUCCCGACCUCCUUUUACACUCUCUACCUAUGGCUCAUGCAGCCGGGGGUUAUCAUACCCUACGAGAGUUGGGCCUACAUCCAUACAGGGUUCUCUCAUGUACAACAAGUCCCUGCAUCCGUGUGGCGUUACGAUCGGAAUGUCGAGAUUGCCAUCGAGCUGGCGCGAUGGUCGAUUCCAUUCAGUUCGGUUGCAUUCUUUCUGUUCUUCGGGCUCUCCGACGAGGCUCGAAAACAAUAUAAGAUGCUCUUUGGCAAGAUGUUUGAUGCAUGCCGGCCAGGGAGAUCGGUAGGGUCUCCCAGGAGACCCCAAAGGUGGAGUCAAUGUGUUCCCAGAUUCGAAGCCUAUUAA